AUGCGCGUCUCUUGUUUCUUCAUGUGGGCUUUAGCCUCUACUGUCUCCGCCAUCGUCAUUGGAGGGCCUAGCCCCGUCAUUGUACGAGAGGUGUCUUCUCCUGACGUCUCGGACUUGUACAACGAGCUCAAGGACUUGGCCGUUCACGACCUCGACACUUUCAAGCGGGAUGCCUCGACUGACUUGGCCAUCAUUCAAUACCACCCCUCUGCUCUGGCAACCCGCCAAGGUGGCUUUUUCAACUUUGGCGCCUUCAACUGCAGAAGAUUCAAUCCUAUCUCCAUCACGGCAUACGUUGUUACGGCCAAGGUCGCCUUUGACCAGGCCGCAAACAUGUGCAAGGUCUGGCUGAAUAACAAGGAUUUCAAGUACGACAUCUUAGUUCGCCUCUCGAACAGCGAUGAUCCCAACACUAGCCAAGAGAUAGUCGUUCGUGCCAAGACUUGCAACACUGUAUACUCUGUCUCGUUCCUGAAGGAUGGAGCAAAAUUCAAGUUCGAGGUCGGAGGAGAGGGUACGCCGGCGCCUACCGCUCCCACAGCCCGCCGAUCCCUUCCUGCCAACACCUCUGAGAACCCCUUCCACAAGAGAAGGCUCAUGAUUGGAGCUUGA